AGUAGUGGUAUUGCUAUAGUGUUAUGAGAGAAAUUGAAUGCUGACCGCUUAUACAUUAAUUUUUUCCGUUAAUUUCACUCAGUGAUGUGAUCUACUUGGGAUGUUUAGAAUCUAUAAAUUUUGAAGUAUUAAUAUCAGUGAAGGUGACAAGAUGUCACGUCGAUAUUUGGUGGUUUUUCUGGGUUUUGUGCUGUUGGUGAUAGUGUCAGACGUAACAACAGAGGAAUGUACACAGGAGAGUCACGAUGGAAAUUGUAAUAUGACAUCUUUGAAUGGAGACAUGGAAUUUAAGAAAAAUAUUUAUAAACCAGCAGAGAUGCUCGAAGCAAUGAGUAUGUUGGCUGAGGAUUCCGAUGGGACCUUCCAGCCCACACCUGUUUCGAUUUCAACUUCAUUCGAUCCAAGUCUCUCGAAAGCCAAUAAUAGCAGCAUGAUAGCGGAUGAACCGAAAGGAAGAGCAAUCAACUUCAGUAUGGAUGCACAUGAAAAUGAAAAUAUUCUAUUGAAUUCUUCUAAUCCUAAUGAUUUUGAUCUAAGUGAUGUUAGUAUAAACGAUGAUGAUGAUUUUGAUGAAAUGAUCCAACCAAAAAUUUUAUCCCCUAAAAAUGUUUUGGAUAAUACGUCGCCUGAUUUAUUCUGUACCAAAGGAGGUUUAACAUAUGCAAAUGGAGAUAAGAUCGAAAAUGAAUGUGAAUCAAUUUGCACUUGUACUAAUGGUACAAUGCAAUGUAAAGAUAGAUGCCAAUCGCCCCUUUUUAGGAAGGGAAAGAAAAUCGAUGAUCCAUUAUGCUUCGCACAACCUACAGAGGAUAUGUGCUGUUCAAUAUUAGUGUGUGCUGGAGAUACAGCAACUGAACCAAUAGAAUCUUGUUCAUAUAAUAAUAAGACAUUCAAUAGAGGAGAUGUAUAUAAAGAAGAGUGCAGUCAAAUAUGUACCUGUGAAGCUGGUGGAAAAAUGACAUGCAAGCCAAGGUGUCCUCCAACUGCUAGAACAAGUGAUAGAUGCGUAGAAGUACCAAACCCAAGUGAUCCGUGCUGUAAAAAGGUACUUUGUGAUGUUACUUUAGAAGAAAAUGAGUCAGAGAAAGAUGACGAACGGAAUCGAAAAGUCAUAUCGGCUAGAUUUGUGAAUGCUACAACAUUAUUAGUUAAAUUGGAGCCCAAAAUCGAUGUUUCUGAAACAUCUGUAAUAGUAGACAUAAGCGAUGAUAAAAUCAAUUGGCAAAAAUUCAAAGUUAGCUCUGAUGGAUUUGUUAUUGUUAGGAAUAGUGUGAAAUACUUGAAACUAGAAAAUGGAGAGAACAUAAUUAAUAUCCAAAAUUUUGAAGACAAUCCAAAGAAUGUCCAAAAAGUCAAAACUACUGAUAAAGAAUGUCAAUAUAAAGAAAAAAAAUUCAGAAUUGGAGAAGAGUACAAUGACAACUGUGACUCACUUUGUGUUUGUCAAGAAGGAGGAAUGAAAUGUCUCAAACUUCAAUGCCCUACUUAUUUUGGAGUCGAUAUUCUUGAUCCCCAAUGUAUAGAAUGGGAAACCAUUCCUCCUAACUUCGUCGCAUCACCCCCCAACUGCUGCCCAUCUAGUAUCAAAUGCAAAAGUAAUGGCUCUUGUGAUUUUCAAGGAGAGAUCUACAAAAACUGGGAACAGUUACCGGUUAAUGUGACCGGGUGUGAGAAAAGAUGUUAUUGUGAAAUGGGAAAAAUUGAAUGCCAAAAUACAUGCCCACCAGUAACCGCUCAUCCUCCACUCAACCUACCUUGUCCACCAAAUAUGGCUAAAAUUGGUCAUAUUUCUGAAGAGGAUUGCUGCAAAGCAUGGAUAUGUACUUCUAAUGAUAAUGAUUCAGACACAGCAAAUAGUAUAGAUGUUAAUGACAAAACUCUUAAGACUACUAAGAAAACGUCUUAUUCAGAACCAUUUGCUACGAAUCAAUCUUCAAAAACAUUAGGACCACUUGCUAUAUAUGAGAACGUAGAACUUACUCAAGGCAAUAACGGUAUAAAAGGAAUUAACCUUAAACCUACAAUUUCACCGAAAGAAAAUCCGUUUUAUCGUGAAAUUAAUGGAGUUUUCCAAGGAUCUCUUAAGCCCAAUAAAGCAAAAAAUCAAAAAACUAAUCUUUUCAUAACACCUCCUGCAAAUACAUUUGAAACUACCACCUCAAACCAAGGAGUAUCUCCUUCUCACUCUGAAAUUGAAAUACACGGGAAUGAUAAUCCUGAAGACCUUUUGCAGUUCAUCAAUCUGCAUCCUGAAAUCAGUAAUUACCCGUCAGGAUCCGUUUUAGAAAUUCAUGGAAUACCUACUGCACCUAAACAAGAUCCUAAUUCAAUCGCAAAUAUUGAUAAAACUAAUAUUCAUCUAGUACCAUACGUCAUUCCUCAUAAUGAUGGUGAAGCGCACAUCAAUGGUAAUCUGCCGCCCGGGUUUUCAUUGGAAGAAAUUUUACGAGAAUUUCACAGGAACACAUUACCUAAUACACCUACAUCGCCUUCUCUUCCUAGUAUGAAUAAUAGACCUUUCUUGGGACAACCGAACAUUCCAAUGCCAAAUAGGCAUAAUCUUACUCACCCAGGAAUUGGCGGUAUCUUCUCUAGACCAUUCAAUGGAUAUCAACAACCAGAUGAUGACAUUUUGGUACACACUUUGGAAGCACUUGAUUCACAUACAGUUCGAUUAGCCUUCAUGGUACCACCAGUAAUAGUGAAUUUACAUGGAAGGGUUGAAGUUAGAUAUACAUAUAAUAAAGGAGAUGAUGACUUGGAAUCUUGGAUGUUACAAGUGUUUGCCCCUCCAAAUGAUUUAAUAGCAACACCAUCAUUAGAGUUCGACUUACAGGAUCUCCAACCCAAUACUGAAUAUAAAAUAAAGAUAACAAUAACCUUGAGAGAUAUUCACACCACGCACAGCAGUAGAAUUUAUAAAAUAAAGACACCAAGGGAAAUAAUAGCUACAACGUUGCCUCCUAUGAUUCCCGUAGAACCAGAUCUGGCCAUUACUGACAUCAACUCAACGUGGGUAACAGUUGUGUGGAAGAAAUUUGACGAUAACGAACUGAAAUUUAUUGAUGGAGUGCAGUUGAGAUUCAAAGAAAUCGAUGGGCAGAUUUAUGCGGCGACACCCCUUAUACAUAGAGCUGUAACAAGUUAUACGUUAGAGAAUUUGAAACCUAAUACAAAAUAUGAAAUCGGAAUCUUCUUCAUUCCGUUUCCAGGACAGCUGACUGAGCUCCAUGCUGAACAUAUGCUCCAUUUCACCACCGCCAAUGAAAUAGACACUUAUGGAUUUAACAUUACAUUAGAAAUUUCUCUUAUAAAAUCUCAAAGCGUUGAAAUAUCAUGGAGCGGUGUACCAUAUCCUGAAGAUAAAUACGUUUAUAUAUACAGAGCGAUCUAUCAAAGUGAUUCGGGUAAAGAAGAUCAAAAUAUAUUCAAAAUGGCGAAAAGAGAUUCCCCUACAAAAACAAUUAUCACAGAUUUGAAGCCUGGUACAAGGUACAGAUUAUGGCUAGAAGUGUUUUUGACUAAUGGAAAGAUAAAAACCAGCAAUGUUCAAGAUUUUAUCACCAAACCUAGAGCAGCACCAUCUUUAAAAUCCGCAGCACAACAAGAUAAACUUGCCAGAAUCGAUCAUAUGGAAACAAGAGGUGACUAUUAUGGUCCUCUAGUCAUUGUAGCCAUACUAGCAUCAAUUGCUAUAAUGAGUACGUUAGUGUUGCUGCUGAUUUUGAUUCGACGGCAUAACCAAAAUAAAGCAGCCAUUACACCUCCAUCUCGAGUUACUCAAUCUGCUUAUGAUAAUCCAACUUACAAAGUAGAGAUACAACAAGAAACAAUGGGUCUAUAACCAUCAAAGAUAAAAAAGAAGCUGUAUAUAGUUCUGGUAUAUAUUCCACAUUACAUUUAUAUGUACCUAAUAAAUAUUUACUUUUACGUUUAAGUGUAAAAAUGAUUUGCAGUAUUCUAACUUGUAUUAUAGUAUUGAUAAAUUAAAUAUUUAUUUACGUUCACA